AUGGAGGUAUGGAGGGACGGAAUAAGGAAGAAGAGAAGGAAACUAGAAAGGGAGAGAGGGAUGAAGGGAGGGAGGGAGGAAGGAGGUAAGGAAGAAGGGAAGGGAGGAAGGAAUAAAGAGGAAGGCAGGAAGAACAAAGGGAGGGAGGAAGGAAGGAAGGAUAAGAGGAAGGGAGAGAUGAACGAAAGGAAGGAAGGAAGGAAGGAAAAAAGUGAUGGAGGUAUGGAGGGACGGAAUAGGGAAGAAGAGAAGAAAACUAGAAAAGGAGUGAGGGAGGAAGGGAAGGAAGGAAGAAAGAGGAAGGCAGGAAGAAUGAAGGGAGGGAUGGAGGAAGGAAGGAUGAAAAGAAGGAAAAAAGGAAGGGAGAGAUGA